GAUUGUUCCAAAAAUAAAGAUGCCCAAUGAUAUCUCGACUCCUCUUUCUCUCUCUCUCUCUCUCUCCUCUUCUCUUCCAACCUAAAGUCUUGCCAGUUGAAGGAUUCAUAACAAUGCUCAUCGUCACAGUCGUUCAGAAUCAGAUCUAACCACAAAAAUGAAGUCAAUCAUCCAAAACCUGGUCUGAGUCUCUCUGUGUCUCUCUCGCUCUCUCAUCACCACCUUUCUUUCUCGCUCUCUCUCUAAAAUGAAGGGAAGCACAAAGCUGAUCGUCCUCCACCCUUCAAUCCACAAGCAUGGAGGUAGUCCUCACCGUAUUUGGAUUCUCGUUUUCGUCUCCUUCUUCACUUUCGCCGUCAUUUUCACUCUCAUCACCACCAGAGACUCCACCACCACCGCCACAAUCACCACCGCCACCUCCUCCGCCGCCGCCUCCACCUCUCAACUCCCCAAACCCGUCUUCGACGCCCUCCUCCACUACGCCUCCACCUCCAACACCACUUCCGGUGGCGGCCGAAUGUCCUCCGCCGAGCUCAACUCCAUCGCCGCCGUCCUCCGCCGCUGCCCUCACUGUAACUUCCUUGUUUUCGGCUUAACCCACGAAACCCUCCUCUGGAACUCUCUCAACAACCGCGGCCGAACAGUGUUCGUCCACGAGAGCGCUUACAUGGUUGCCAAGCUCGAAGAGAAAAACCCAGAAAUCGAAGCCUACGAUGUUCAAUUCACAACCAGAGUGAGCGAUCUCUACAACCUCAUCGACCACGCUCGGGAACAACUCAGAAACGAGUGUCGUCCAGUGCAGAACCUGCUCUUCUCGGACUGUAAAUUGGGCAUCAACGAUCUCCCAAAUCACAUCUACGAAGUGGGUUGGGAUGUAAUUUUGGUGGACGGUCCCAGAGGCUACUUCGCUGCUGCGCCGGGAAGAAUGGCGGCAAUUUUUACAGCCGCCGUGCUGGCGAGGAGCAAGAGAGGUGGCGCGGCCAAAACCCAUGUGUUUGUUCAUGAAUUUGAUAGGGAAGUGGAGAGAAUUUGCAGUGAUGAGUUCUUGUGCAGAGAGAAUUUGAUCGAGUCUGUAGAUUUGUUGGGUCAUUUUGUCGUGGAAAAAUUGGAUGAUAAUGGGUUUGAUUUCUGCUCAAACUCUUCAUCUUCUUCAUCGUCACCAUUGUCGACAUCAUCAUGGGUAGAUGAUUAGAACAGGUCCCUUGUGAUUAUACUUGUAUUAAUUAUUAUGUUUUUUUGAACUUUUUUUUAUUUAUUUAUAAUUUAUAGUAUAAAUGUGUGUUUUUAGUAGGUUUAAAUAGUUUUUGAGAAUUGAGAAUGAACGAUGGUGAGAAAGAUCUGGGUUUUGAAAUUA